AUGCACUGUGGACAGAAGGGGGGGCAGGAGGCACCACAGCUGGACCAAAGGUCUGGGCAGAGGCUGCAGCGUCUAGGAGAUGCGGAGCAGGAGCCCGGCCCCAGGCAGGACGGCCAGGAAGGGAGCCUGGCUCGGGAUCGCCUGGAGAGCACCCUGGCCGAGGAGGCGCCGCGCGCGGAGCAGGCGGCAGGAGGCGGCCACGCUGCAGCCGCCCAAGCGCCCGAGGGCGGCCGGGUGCCCAGCGACUCAGAGGGCGACGUUUACUGCGACACCCUGGAGCACAUGGAGCCCGAGCAGGCCGGACAGGGGCUCUCCCCGCGGGGCACCCGCGCUGGGCACCAGGGCGACGGCGGAAGCGGAGCGGGGAGCAGCGGCCCUGGCCCCGAGCGAGGAGCGCAGCCUGCCGCGGGACAGCAGGACAGCCCCAGGGACGCCGAAGGGGACACCAAAGGGGCCGAAGGGCACCUGGAGCUGGCGCAGGAGGUGGCAGCAGAGCUGGGCGCGCAGGUGGCCGGCACUGUGCGAGCGCUGCAGGACGACAUGCAGUGCGUGCGGGAGCGGCUCGGCCGCCUGGAGACGCUGGCGGCCACGCAGGUACCUGCCGGGCUGCAGCCCCGGGGCGGCCCUGCUGAGCGGCGCYGGGCUCAACCCGCUGGGCUGCAGCCCUGGCUGCCGUGGCCGCUGCCCGUGUCCCCGCGCACGCUGCUCUUCCUCCUCGCCUGGCCCUUCGUCACCCAGUGGCUGCUGCGGCGCCUGCAGGCCAGGAAGAGGUGA